AUGGUAAAGUUCAUUUUCCAUCUGUUUCCAAUUCUCUUGACUGCGGAUUACAGAGCACGUCCUAUCAUCUCAAAUACAACUUAUGUCCCAGCCUGGAAUGCUCCAAGUGACAAAUGUGAAGAAUCAUUUCGUAUUUCUGUGGAUCUGAGCUUCUAUCCAUUAAAAGGAAACCCUCAAGUCAAAGCCACAGGUCAAACUGUUACCUUAUUUUAUAUCCAAAAACUCGGCCUCUAUCCUCACAUAGACGUAAAAUCGGGAAAGGAAAAACAUGGAGGGAUUCCUCAGUUGGGAAAUAUAUCAGAACAUUUGAAACAAGCUGAGAAAGACAUUUUACAUUACUUACCAAAAGAUGAGUUAGGCUUGGCUGUAAUUGAUUGGGAAGAAUGGAGACCUAUCUGGAGAAGAAACUGGUUAAACAAAACAAUUUACAGAAUCAGAUCACUUGAUUUGGUAAUGAAAAAGUCGAAGGUUUUGGGUCCAGCUGUCGACAUGCAGGCAAAAGCAGAUUUUGAAGCUGCAGGAAAGGAAUUCAUGCUGAAGACUUUGCUAUUAGGACAGCAACUUCGACCAAACAAUUACUGGGGUUUUUACCUUUUUCCUGAUUGUUACAAUCAUUAUUAUGCAAAAGUUAGUCAUUACUCUGGAAUUUGUUCAAAUUUAGAAAAGCGAAGUAAUGAUGAGCUCAACUGGUUGUGGAAAGCAAGCACUGCCCUUUUCCCAUCCAUUUAUUUGAAUACAAGAUUAAAGGAAACUCCGAAGGCUGCGCUCUAUUCCCGUAAUCGCAUUUAUGAAGCCAUUCGGCUUUCUAAAGUACGCGACGAAAAAAAUCCACUUCCGGUUUUUGUAUAUACCCGUCUAGUUUUUACUGAUAAAAUCACAGAGUUUCUUUCCGAGAUUGACCUUGUGAAUACAAUUGGUGAAACAUAUGCUCUUGGGGCCUCUGGAGUUGUAAUUUGGGGAAGCUCCAAUUUAACCCAAACAAGAGAUCGUUGUUUGAAGCUGAAUGAUUAUAUGAAGAAGACACUGCAUCCUUACUUAAUCAAUCUCACUCUAGCAGCUAAAAUAUGCAGCCAGGCACUUUGUCAAGAUCAAGGAUUCUGUACCAGGAAACGCUGGAAUUCACCAGACUACCUUCACCUGAACCCAGAGAAUUUUGUUAUUAAGACAACCAGUAUUCCCUGCCCAUACCACCAUCUUGCCAGAACAGAAAUCAUCAAACUGCACAAUCAAUUGCAAAAAGAACAUGAUGCCUCCAAAUAUUCCAAGGUAGAAUUAUCUGGUCUGAGGAUUCGUGGACCUUCUUGA